AUGGCGAGUUGCUCCUUCGCUGGCCACCAAGCGCUAAGGAGUCUGAGAGCUCAGCAGCAGGCAGCAGCAGCAGCAGCCUCCGCAGCUCUAGCAGCAGUGGCGACCACCCCGCUUCUUUCCUCGGGAACCCCGACCGCACUCAUUGGGACCGGGUCGUCCUGUCCGGGAGCCAUGUGGCUCUCCACAGCCACUGGCUCCCGGUCAGACUCCGAGUCUGAAGAGGAGGACCUCCCCGUCGGGGAUGAAGUCUGCAAACGCGGCUACCUGAGGAAGCAGAAGCAUGGGCACAGGCGUUACUUCGUGCUCAAACUCGAGACCCCAGACGCCCCGGCUCGGCUCGAAUACUACCAAAAUGCCAGGAAGUUCCGACACAGUGUCCGCGCCGCGGCCGCUGCAGCAGAGGCGGCCGCCUCCGGCGCUGCGGUCCCCGCGCUCAUCCCACCGCGGCGGGUGAUCAUCCUGUACCAGUGCUUCUCCGUGAGCCAGCGCGCCGAUGCCAGGUACCGACACCUCAUUGCCCUUUUUACCCAGGACGAAUACUUCGCGAUGGUGGCCGAGAACGAGUCGGAACAAGAAAGCUGGUACUCGCUCCUCAGCCGCCUCAUCCUCGAGAGCAAGCGCCGCCGCUGCAGCAUGCUAGGCGCACAGCCGGACGGAGAGCUGGCAGCCCUGGCGGCCACAGCGGCGGCGGAGCCACCCUUCUACAAAGAUGUGUGGCAGGUAGUAGUGAAACCCAGGGGGCUGGGGCACAGAAAAGAGCUGAGCGGCGUGUUCCGGCUGUGUCUUACCGACGAAGAGGUAGUGUUUGUAAGGCUCAAUACCGAAGUGGCCAGUGUGGUAGUCCAGCUGCUAAGCAUUCGUCGCUGUGGGCACUCAGAGCAGUACUUCUUCUUGGAAGUCGGCAGGUCCACUCUCAUAGGUCCGGGGGAGCUGUGGAUGCAGGUGGAUGACUCCGUGGUGGCCCAAAAUAUGCAUGAGUUGUUUUUGGAGAAGAUGAGAGCCUUGUGCUCAGAUGAGUACAGAGCCCGAUGCCGCAGCUACAGCAUCACUAUCGGCGCCCACCUGUUAACCCUGCUGUCCGCUAGGAGGCACCUGGACUUGCUCUGGCUGGAUCCUGGCGGCUGGUUCAGAAGAUACCGCUUGGAGCAGUUUUACCGCCUCAGGGCUAUCCGUGGCAGGGAAGAGAACAUGCUAUUCACCAGGCGCUUCAUCGCACCCAGAGAGCCUCCGCCUCCCUUCAGGCGAGGAAGAGGGUACCUGCCCAGAGCCCGCAGGUCCAGGAGAACUGUGUCAGUACCACCCAGCCUUUUCCAACGCGCACCACGUCGCCCGGGACUUAUCCCACAGCCCAACGACAGAGCCCGUGAAGCCUCCCGUUCCAACUCUCGCAACACUGAAGUAAAAGACAAGGAAGGUGAGGAAGGAAACAGCGGCGAUUACGUACCUAUGAAUAACUGGGGCUCAGGAAAUGGCCGGGGCUCAGGAGGUGGACAGGGCUCAAGUGGCCAAGGUUCCAGUAGCCAGAGCUCAGGUGGGAGACAGGGAUCUGGAGGUGGCCAGGGCUCAGGAGGCCAGGGUGCUGGAGGAAACCAGUAUUCAGGAAAUGGCCAGGGCACAGCAGGUGGCCAUGGCUCAGGUGGAGGUGGCCACGGCUCAGGUGGUGGCCAGAGACGCGGAGAUGGUCAUGGCUCAGGCGGUGGCAAGAACUCAGGAGGGAGCAAAGGCUCAGGAAGUGGGAAAAAUGCUGAAGACGGUGACCGUGGAAAAUCUGUGAAGAAACGAUCCUACUUUGGCAAAUUCACUCAAAGCAAGCAGCAGCAAACACUGCCUCCACCCCCGCCACCGCCGCCAGCAGCCGGAGCAACUGGUGGCAAAGGGAAGUCUGGGGGAAGAUUCCGACUUUAUUUUUGCGCAGACAGAGGCACAAAAGAACGCAAAGAAGCCAAAGCGGCGAGAGAAAUGGGGGCCGCAGAAGGUGCAACCCGGGCAUCUCACAGAGCCAGAGCUUUCGAUGAAGAUGAGGAUGACCCCUAUGUGCCUAUGAGGCCAGGCGUGGCUGCUCCUCUUGCGUGUUCCAGUGAUUAUAUGCCAAUGGCUCCUCAGAAUUCCUCCGCUUCGACAAAGCGCCACUCGAGGUCACCCUUUGAAGACUCCAGAGGGUACAUGAUGAUGUUUCCCAGAGUGAGCCCACCAGCACCUGUUCCAAGUGCUCCGAAAGCACCGGACACUAAUAAAGAGGAUGACUCAAAGGACAAUGACAGUGACAGUGAUUACAUGUUUAUGGCUCCUGGAGCAGGUGCGAUUCCUAAAAAUCCUCCCAAUCCUCAGGGAGGCUCUUCCUCCAAAAGUUGGAGCUCUUACUUCUCUCUGCAAAGUCCUUUUCCGAGUUCACCGUUGGGACAAAGUGACCACAGUGAGUAUGUUCCCAUGUUACCUGGAAAAUUCCUGGGGAGCGGUCUAGACAAGGAAGCCUCCUUUAGGCAGGGCACCAAAGAUGUAUCUUCAAAGCCUUCAACUGAGGGGUCAUUCCCAAAACCUGAAGAUAAGGGGUCAGUUGCCAAGCCUUCAGAUGAUGUGCCCCCAAUGAACAAGGCUAAGGAACCUAACCAAUUUUCUUUUAUUGCAAACGGAAAUAAAAUAAAGCCCAAACCACAGAGCCCCACACAGGAGCAGAGAGAAGCUGAUAACUCCCGUGAAUAUAUCAACAUUGACUUUAUUAAGAGAGAGCGCCUUGUGCUAGUUCCCUCUGCUCAAGGACUGCCAGAAUUGUGGGGUGUAAUUAUUGAACCAGCACCCACAGCUUUUUCUAGCUACCGGAAUGUUGAAUUCGGGGCGCCCUUUCCAAAUGCAACAAUCCGCCUCUCAGAACUUUUAAGAGUUCUACCAGGUGCCAACUCCAUCUCUCUGGCCGGUGCUAGGUGGGUCCUUCGUCCUUUCCCAGGCAGCGUUAUAGGCAGCAUUGUGGAUGCGGGUGAAUACAUUGAAGUAAUUUUCAACCCAGCUAUGACACCAGCCGUGCCUUUUGCUGACAGUACCAUUUGCUAUGAUGCUCAAACAGGUCAAAUCUAUGUAGUAGACCCAUUUUCUGAGUGCUGUAUGGACGUUUCUCUCUCUCCCGGUCGAUGCUCUGAGCCGCCACCUGUAGCUAGGCGGCUGCAGGAGGAAGUGCGGGAGAGAAGACGCCCACAAAGCCGCUCCCAAAGUUUAUUUGCCAAUACUCGAGCCGCAGUCUCAGCUUUCUCAACCGACAGCUUGGACAGAGACUUUCCCGCCGCUUCUGCGGUGAUUGCUGCUCCGGCUGGGACGCCCCUCGUGGCAGUGAGCCGAGCUUUAGCAGUGGUCUCUGAGCUCGCAGUGGCCCCCAGCAUUGGCGACGUCUUUGCCGGCUUCCGCACAGCCACACGAGUUGACCCCGCCUCCGCUCGCUCGUUCCAACCUGUUGCUCUUGGUGCCCGGGCUGCAGGAGGCGUUCAGGACAUUGCCGCAGGCUGGAAUCCUGGAGUCGUUAACCAAGCUGCCAGAGGUGAGGACCUGGCAGCCGGCGCAGCAGCUCCCCCACCGCCACCUCGCCAGCGUUGGGUGCUGAGACCCCAGGAGAGAGCAGAAUCUGAGGAUGAUGAUGACGACGACAUUUAUGUGAGAAUGGACUUUGCCAGACGUGACUACAGGAAGUGA